AUUUCGGGGUAACAACAAAACUCACUUCCGUUUGUCAUUCAACGAAGUUGCUUAACUGUGCUCUUUUUUCUCUACAUUUUUUGAACACAAAAGCUGAUUUUUACUACCUGAAGUCAUGACACUUUUCCACUUUGGGAACUGCUUUGCUUUGGCCUAUUUCCCAUACUUUAUUACAUACAAGUGCAGUGGCCUAUCGGAGUACAAUGCUUUCUGGAGAUGUGUCCAAGCUGGAGCAACAUAUCUGUUUGUCCAACUCUGCAAGAUGCUUUUCCUUGCUACAUUUUUCCCCACAUGGGAAGGAGGAGCAGGUGUUUAUGACUUUGUAGGGGAAUUUAUGAAGGCCACAGUGGACCUCGCAGACCUGUUGGGUCUCCAUCUUGUUAUGUCUCGUAAUGCCGGGAAAGGAGAGUACAAGAUCAUGGUGGCCGCCAUGGGCUGGGCAACAGCCGAGCUUGUGAUGUCAAGGUUUCUUCCUCUCUGGGUUGGAGCGCGAGGGAUUGAGUUUGACUGGAAAUACAUUCAGAUGAGCUUUGAUUCAAAUAUUAGCUUGGUCCAUUACAUUGCCAUGGCAGCAGUUGUAUGGAUGUUCACCCGAUAUGACCUUCCUAAGAGCUUCAGGCUGCCUGUUACUGUGCUUCUAACUUUGUGUGUAUACAAGGCCUUCCUAAUGGAGUUGUUCAUCCAUGUCUUCAUGUUGGGCAGUUGGACUGUGCUGCUAGUGAAGGCUGUGCUGACCGGCGUCAUCUCCCUCUGCACACUUUUUCUUUUUGUCACUCUGGUUCAUAGCAACUAAAGCAAGACAGCCAUCUACAGUCUGAGUUCAGCCUGGGCAGGGAUUGUUUGAAAUUUGAAGCUGACUUCUGAAAUCAGUCUUUGCAUCAAAUGCAGCUUGUAAAGAUGUUUGGUAUUGAGUAGCAGGAGUGAUCUGACUGACACUAACCAUUAACUGGCACUCAACCAGUCCUCUCACUUUGGUCUGGUUUAUCUGUGGACCCAUGAAGACAAACGUUUUGAGGAAGUUUGGUCUAUUUUUAGUAAACAGUUGAAGGUAAGAGGAACAGUGACAUCAAGAGGCUUCUAUAUUAUGAUUUAACUUCUCUUUAGCUGCAUUGGAUUUAUAAAAAAUGUGAAUUUUGUAUCAGAACAAAUACAAAUUAUUUGAAAACGCAAUCAUUUCUUUUUAAUAUUUUCACUGAAUCAAUGUCAAAUAUUAGACUACGUUAACUUGAAAAGUAAAUCAUAAUUUCUUGUCAAUAAUGAAUUGUAUGGAAGCCCAAUUCCGCCACUCAAAAUAAAUAAUUUGUCUAAUGAUAUGUCAUAAUGAGAUACAAAGUCAUAAUUAUGAGAUUUAAAGUCAUAAUUUUGACUUUAAAAGUCAUAAUUAUGAGAUAAUUUUCACUUUUAAAGUAAAUUUUGAGAUAAAAAGUCAUAAUUAUGAUAUACAGUCAUAAUUUUCACUUUUACAGUGAUAAUUUUGAGAUUCAAAGUCAUAAUUUUGACUUUAAAAGUCAUAAUUAUGAGAUACUUUCUAUCAAUUAUGACUUUGAUUCUCAUAAUUAUGACUUCGAAAGUCAAAAUUAUGACUGAAUUUCAUAAUUAUGACAUCCCAUUAGACAUUUUUUUUCUUUUGAGUGGUGGAAUUGAGCUUCCAUAGAAUUGUGUUGUCAGUUUUUUUGUAUUUAUUUAUAUGCAAAUAAAUAUUAGAACUAAAACAUAAUUGCAAGACCUUUUUUUAACUUAAAACAGAUUUAAAAUAACUCGGGUUUUUUGUUGUACGAAUGAACCAAGAUUCCUGUUUUUAUGAUCCAGUUAUAAUUAAGUGUGUGGUUUCUACAUAAAUAAAUGUAUUCUUAUGUUUCUAGCA